AGUAAAGAUGCCACAACUGUCUCACGUGUUUACUACAGCUAGCUUUUCGUCAUAAACACGUUUAACUACUGUGUUUAUCUUGAACUCGCGGUUGAUAUGUCUGCUGAACAAGAGUAGAGCAAAAUACAGCACAUCAUUUUAGGGAUCAUUUGAGAUUUUAAUCGACACGUGAAAUCGCUAUGGUUGGCACCAGUUUCAUCAAAUAUUAAGGCUAGCUUGUUUACUAGUUACACAUAAGGCUACGCUAGCUGUUGCACUCCGAACUUCCCAAACUUCCAUAGAAAGUGAACAUGGCCGCUGAUCCACUGAGGGGUAGAAAUGUACCCGAGGAUGCUGUGCAGUAUUCCUUAUUCCUCACCAAGCCAAGUUUGACGGAUGCUGAAGACAACGAAAGAAAAUUGUUGCACUUAAAGGAGCAAAUAUUGACCUGUUUCGCUAAUCUUUUAGUGCAAUAUAUAUGGCAAAAACAGCCAUUCAGUCUGAAAUAUCAGCCCGAAACAGGAUCUGUGCCAGCACAUAUUGGAGGUUGCACAGAGUUUGGUGAUAAUGUGGAAGACGAGUGGUUCAUCGUGUACCUGCUUCAGCAAAUCACAAAGACCUUCCCAGAACUUACGGCCAAGGUGGGAGAUAAUGACGGGGAGUUGCUUCUGAUUGAGGCAGCAGACUACUUGCCGAAGUGGUUGAACCCAGACAACAGUGAGAACAGGGUGUUCUUUUGUAGCGGGCAGCUGCAUAUAAUCCCCUGCCCGUCACGGCCUGGUGAAGUGGGUUGGUCUAGGGAUAAGGUGCCUACCAUAAGCCAGGCCCUUGCUCUCCUGGCCUCUGACAGAGAAGCCUGCUUAGCCAGUUCAAAGAUCCGUUCAGCUCUUCAGAAGAAAUUAGACGGUUUCCCAGAUAAGAUCCAGACAGGUUUUCAUCGAGCCCACUGUUUCCUGCCAGCUGGGAUCGCUACUGUGUUGGCCCAGAGACCGGACCUGCUUGCCCCGGCCGUGUCGGCCUUCUACUUACGAGACCCAGUGGACCUUCAAGCCUGCCGCUCCUUCCGAACCUUUCUACCGGAGACGAGGGUCCUUACCUCGGUGACUUUCACACGAUGCCUGUUUGCUCAGCUCCGGCAGCAGACUUUCAAGCCAGACCGUCGGAGUGGCUACAGCCUGCCUCCUUGCACCCAACCCCAGUAUCAAGCCCACGAGCUCGGGAUGAAGCUGGCCCAUGGGUUUGAGAUCCUGUGCUCCGAGUGUAGAACCCCUUCAUCUGAGCCAGACGCCCCAGCCAGCUGUAACCCGCAGUGGAAAAGCUUCCUGGAGAGUCUGAAAAAGAAUGAUUACUUCAGAGGGGAACUAGAGGGCUCUAAGCAAUACAAAGAACUGAUGACCUCAGCAGAAAAUGUCUUCAAGCAGUCAUUUCUGUGCACACCAAGCUCUUGUGUGAAGUCUCCCGGCGAGGAGGUUCUGCAGAUCCUACAGAGCUCCCCUUACGAUCUGGAAGAACUCAAAAAACAAGAGAAACACCUCCCACCUCAAGACAGUGACAGUUGGCUAGAGCUCACCCCCCAGGACUUGGAGCAGAUCCUGCAGAGGAGAGCAGGCUGUGGCGCGAGUGGAGACCUGGGCAGAGGGACAGGGGAGCGGAGUGCAGCUGGGGGAGAAGAAGAGGCUGAGCAGGAGGCCAGCUAUAGCCUAGUGGCAGUGACUGAGGGGAUGAAGAACUUCAUCAAUACCAUGUCCUCAUAUGAGGGAGCGGAACUACCCUGGUUUCAGGCCAAUGACCCCUUUAGCUUUGAUGCGGACUCUGUGACCAGUGCUCUGGACAAACUCCUGGGAGCAAAGGAUGAAGAGUUGGACUCUGAUGAUUUUGAGGAGGAGGAGGAAGAGGAGGAGGCGGAGGAGGCUUUUGGUUUCUCUGCUCCUCAAAAGCAGUCAGGCGCCGAAGCCCUUGACGGUCUGAAGAGCUAUAUGGACCAAAUGGACCAAGAACUCAGGGGCACAAAUGUUGGAAAGAGUUUCACGCUGCCUGAAAAACAAGAGGACAAGGAAGCAAACCCAUCUGGAGCCCCCAAAGCUCGUCCCAGCACUGAACAGGAAGGAGAAGAGAUUCAACCUCUGGAUGUGGAUCUUAACCUAGUCACCAAUCUACUAGAAUCCCUGGCUUCACAGGCAGGCCUAGCAGGACCUGCAUCAAACCUGCUGCAGAGCAUGGGCUUCCAUCUUCCAGCAAAUUCAGACCGCCCCUGAUUUUGGAUGACUUGCUCAGAUACCACAGUGAGCUCCCAUCAUCAACUGACCUGAUGUCAGUCCCUCUCAACAGCAAGCACUCAUGUGAUGUAACCAAGCACUUACACAGGGACAGCUGAGCUAACAAAGCAAACACCUGAUGUUGCAUAGAAGCAGCUCUGCCUCCUGAUGCAGUGUGUUUCUCAGUGAGCUCCUCAUCUCCCUCUGUGUCCUGUCUAAGAGAAUGGACAACAAGCAGGGGGAAAGAAGUCUGAGCAAUGCGGUUUCAUUUCACUCAAGGCAGAACGUUGAUACUUUUGUACAUGUUUGAGAACCAGAACCUUUAACUGCAUUUAAGAUCUUGGUCUUGUAGCGUUUUCUGUAAAGUAUAAUAAAUAAAUAAAUAAAUAAUUUUGCAUAGUA